AUGGGGGCAAGUAUCUAUAAAUGCAUGAAUGUUGAAGGAAAUGAAGCUGCAAUCGAUCCCAAAGGUGUAGCCAAAGAUUCCCAAAAGAUUGAAUUAUGUGAAGAUGAAGAAAUCAUCAUGCCAGUGUUGAAACUAAGUUACCAAAACUUGUCGCCUCAACCAAGACAAUGUUUUGCUCAUUGCUCUUUAUAUCCUAAGGAUCGGGUAAUAGAUAAGGAUGAGUUGAUUCAACUUUGGAUGGCACAAGGUUAUCUUGAAUUUUCAGAUGAAAAACAGACCAUGGAAGACAUCGGUAACCAUUUUGUGAAUAUUUUAUUGAUGAAGUCAUUUUUCCAAGAUGCUGAAGUUGAUAGUGACCGUGAUUUAACUAGUUUUAAAAUGCACGAUUUAAUGCAUGAUCUUGCCAUGCAAAUAGCUGGCCAUGAUUGUUGUUAUUUGGAUAGUGAGACAACAAGUGUUGUAGGAAGUCCCAUGCAUGUAAUGUUCAGCGAUGCUAUUUGUUUGUUAGAAUCAUUGGAUGCAAGCAGGGUGCAAACUUUAAUUUUCGAGAACAACAUUUCAGGAAAUUGGUAUGAGAAGGAAUUGUCUGUAAUUUCAAAAUUCAAAUACCUACGCUUUUUGAAGCUGUCAUAUUGUUCUAUAAGUAAGUUGUGUGAUUCAAUUGGAAAUUUGAAACAUUUAAGAUAUCUUCAGUUGUGGUACUGUGCAGGACUAGAAGGCAUUUUCAAAUCUAUUAGUAACAUUGUUUGUCUUCAAACACUUAUAUUGGUUGAGUGUCGAGUAUUUGAAUUUUCUACAAAAGAUGUCUUAAGUUUAAUCAAUUUGAGAUAUCUUCAUAUUGAAAAUUUAAAAGCAUUUAAAGAGAAGAAAACAACGGUUGGAUUUGGAAAAUUAAGCCUGGGGGAGCAGUAUAAGGGUUUCAUUUUUACCAACUGGCUUUCUUCCCUCACAAACAUUGUGAAAAUAUUUCUUAGGAACUGUCAAGGUGUGCAAUAUCUCCAACCAAUGGAACGUCUCCCAUUCCUGAAGUAUCUUUUUAUAGGCGACCUUCAUGAGUUGGAGUACAUAUAUUAUGAAGAGUCUCUUUUGUCUGAAGCAUUCUUCCCUUCUUUGGAGGUUCUCAGAAUUUUUAGAUGCGAAAAGUUGAAGGGAUGGUCGAGGAUAAGGGAUGAAAACUCUUCACAAUCAUAUCAUCUCUCCUUUUCGCCUUGUCUUUCUUACUUAACUAUUGUUGAUUGUCCAAUGUUGACUCACAUGCCUACUUUUCCAAACCUCGACAAGAAAUUGGAUUUCUUUGAUUGUAAUACGGACACAUUAGAAGCAACAUUAAACAUGGUAAAAUCGAAUUCUUCGAUUGGAUUCCCUCCACUUUCCUUGCUAAAAUUCUUGAUUCUUGGCGGACACGAGCUGGACGUGAAAACACUCCCAAAUGAUUGGAUGGAAAAUCUGACUUCUCUCAAGCAUCUUGAAUUUUAUAAUCUUCCAAAUCAAACAUUUCAAGAAAUUGAAGCUUGGUUUGAGGAAAGACUCAAUUAUCUUCCUUCCCUGCAAAAGAUUAAAAUUUCUCAAUGUUUCGAGCUAGAGGUGUUUCCAGUUUGGAUUUGCAACCUCUCGUCACUUCAGCAUAUAACCAUUUCUGAAUGUCAAAUUUUAGCUUUACUGCCCGAUGGAAUGCCUCGUCUUACCAACUUACAGACCCUUGAAAUCAUUCAAAGUCCCCUCUUAGUUGAAGAAUGCAGGAGAGAAACAAGUGCAACAUCUCUCAAAAUUGCUCACAUCCCAAACAUAAUCUUAAAGUGAUCUUCUCUUAUAGUUAUCUAGCUGAUGCGAUCUAUAUGUUCACGAAUGCUGAUGGAAAUGUAGCCGCAAUCAAUCCCAAAGGCGUGGCUAGAAGUUGCUGCUAGUUUUGUGCUGUGUAUGGAUGGAUUAGUACAUGCGUGUAUUAAUUGGAUCAUUGAGUAAAGGAAAUCAGAGAUAUGGCUUCACCUCCUUCGAUGCCACUGUCUCUUGAAAUAGCUGUUGAUGGUGCUAGUGUAUCUCAAUAGUUGCUACUGUAUCUCUAAAUGAUAAUGAGUUAAAUGUUGUAAUUUGUUAUCUA